AUGGCUAGGAGCAGCAAGAACAUUGUUUCUGUAUCUGCUAGUCAUGCAGAUUUACUGCUUCCAGAUGCUUGUGGUCUUUUCCUUUUCUGCAUGAUCUUAAUGUCCUUCUCUGUAAUAUCAGUUGUCAUAUUUUCUUGCGGUAAGUCGUCUAGCAAGAAGAGGAAGAAUACGCAUCAUGGGGACGGAGGAGAUGGCGGUGGGGAUGAUGGUGGAGGCGACCAUGGGGGCGGAGGAGAUGGCCAUGGGGGCCAUGGUGGAGGUCACCAUGGGGGCGGAGGAGAUGGCCAUGGGGGGCAUGGUGGAGGCGACCAUGGGGGUCAUGGUGGAGGCGACCAUGGGGGCGGGGGUGGAGGUUGUGGCUCGAGUACUACAUGGUAA